AAUACUGAUUAUUAUAAGUUGCAAUGAAGUUGUUGGUACUGGUACUUGGCAGCCUCAUUGCCUGGGUUUCGGCGCAAGCUGUACAAAAGUGGCAAAAAAGUGAGGAUGGUUCACUCUAUUACAUCGAAAAUGAGCGCAAGUUCACUUGGUUUGGUUCCUGGAAUGAAUGUGCCCGCAAAAAUAUGAGCCUGGUUGCCAUUGAUAGUUAUAACAAACACAUGCAAGUUGAUUCAUUAUUAAGAAAAUUAUAUGGUACUGGUCCUGGCCUCUGGAUUGGUGGCAAUGACAACGACUUGACUGAUCGCUAUGAAUGGUAUGCCACUGGCGAAAUCUUCACCUUAACCUAUUGGGGACCCGCUCAACCCAAACGUGGUGUCAACCACUGCAUUCUAAUAUGGGAAGAUUUUAAAUGGCACGACUGGCCGUGUACCAACAAAUUGGGUUUUGUUUGUGAGGAAAAUCGUUUUCUUAAACAAAAAUCCCAAGAACUGGAGGCCUUGAAAAAGGAAUUGGAUGAUAAGACAAUUGCUCCUACAAAAUUUCGUAAUUUUAUCAUGAACAUUAAUCCCACAUUCGAUCAUGUGGUUUUGUCUGGCAAUGAAAGUGUGUUGUUUCCCAAUGAUGGUUCGGUGCCCACAAAAUAAAUGAAAACUAGAUGAAUUUAUAAAAAAAAGAGAUGUCUUUACAAUAAAUUAUGGUUUGUAAAACUGA